AUGCAGAAAGAAGAUUAUAUUAGGUUGUUUCAGCUUACAGCCAUGACGCUAGAACCAACCACCCCAUUGGAAGCUUUUGAAGGGGCCUUUGCUGCUGUUGAAUCAUUGCGUCGCGGAACCCUUCACGACCCACUCUCUGCGGAAGAGGAAGGCGACAUCCACGAGUGCUUAGGGCACAUGAAAUUGAUGCAUUACCACUCAACUGGAGUUGACAAGUCGUUGGACGAAGCCAUUGAACUCCAGCAAAAGGCAGUCGCUUCCACCCUUUCUGACAACGCUAACCCCCUCUACACCAGUAAGCGUCGUAUCCUUGCCGACAGUUUUUUCAUCAGACACACAGCUAGGCACGACCCCAGCGACUUACAAAACGCGAUGGACAUCGUCCAAUCCAUCGCGGCGAGUACACCAACGGACGAGAAAGCGCGAAACCGUAUGUCGAAAAUGUUCCAACUUUCGACACGAGGAAUAGCAGCCUUGCGCAACGAGUCCCUCAAGGAUGACCCGACGCUUCUAAGCGACUUCCAUGUCUCGUUGAACAAUUUUAUCCCGUUUCCCGUUGCUGGUCCACAUGGAACCCGCCAGUUGUUUUCUCUACCUGGCUUUUAUCUCUCCAAGUUCAGCUACACCGGCUUCCGACGCGAUUUGGAAGAUGGAAUCAGCUUACCCUUGGGAUGGAACCGAUCUCCAACCCUGACCGCGCAACCCUGCUCUCAACAAUGGCCCAGCUCCUCGACAAGCGAUCCACAAUCUCACAGGCUAUGGAUAUUACUGACACCCCUCUCCACGUCACGCGAGCUUCCUGAACAUGAAAACCAUGUGUCUCGCGAAAUACCAUGA